CCUGGCUCUCGGCGGCGCGGCGCGAUGGGGCUCCGGGAGACGGCGGCGGCGGCGCUGCUGCUGGUGCUGGCCGCGUGCGACGGCUCGGAGCCGCGCCUGAGCCUCCGCUACGGCUCCCCUCACCGCUUGCUGAAGUACUUCGAAAUGCCCGGAGUCACCAACUACACGGCCAUGGCACUGAGCCCGGACAGCGCCACCCUGUACGUGGGGGCCCGGGAGGUGCUGCUCGCCCUCGACACCAGCUCCUUCCCCCCCGGACCACAGCACCAGCGCCUGCUGUGGGGUGCGGAAGAGGAGAAGAAGCGGCAGUGCAUCUUCAAGGGCAAGGACCCCCAGAGAGACUGCCACAACUACAUCAAGAUCCUGCUGCAGAUGAACAGCACCCACCUGUACACCUGCGGGACCAGCGCCUUCAGCCCCACCUGCACCUACAUCCACAUCCCAGACUUCAGUCUGGCCCAAGAGCCUUCCGGGAAGGUGCUGCUGGAGGACGGGAAGGGGCGCUGCCCCUUUGAUCCGGAGUACAAGUCCACGGCCAUCAUCGUAGAUGGCGAACUGUACACGGGGACGGUGAGCAACUUCCAGGGCAGUGAGCCAACCAUCUUCCGAAGCCAUGGCAGCCGCCCGGCCAUCAAGACGGAGGUCUCCCUCAACUGGCUGCAAGACCCCCUCUUCAUGGGCUCAGCCUACCUGCGUGAGAGUCUCCCAGCCAGCAGCCCCCCCAGGGACGAUGACAAGGUGUACUUCUUCUUCAGCGAGAGUGGCAAGGAGUUCAAUUUCUUUGAGGACACCAUCGUGUCACGCAUUGCACGGGUGUGCAAGGGCGACGUGGGGGGCGAGCGUGUGCUGCAGCGGCGCUGGACAACCUUCCUGAAGGCCCAGCUGCUGUGCGCGCCGCCCGAGGGCGGCUUCCCCUUCAACGUGCUGCAGGACAUCUUCGUGCUGACUCCCGGCGGGCACUGGCCCCAGACCACCUUCUACGGCGUCUUCACCUCGCAGUGGGGCCGGAGGGGAGCCGCAGUGUGCGCCUUCCCCGUGGCGGAUGUGAGGCAAGCCUUCAACGGGCUCUACAAGGAGGUCAAUCGGGAGACCCAGCAGUGGUACACGGACACCCGCCCCGUGAUGGAGCCGCGGCCGGGAGCGUGCAUCGGCAGCCGUGCGCACCAGAUGAAGAUCAGCUCUUCCCUGCAGAUGCCCGACCGGGUGCUCAACUACCUCAAGGACCACUUCCUGAUGAACAGCGCUGUGCGCAGCCACCCCCUGCUCCUGUGCAGCCGCUCCCGCUGCCGGCAGAUCAGUGUGCAGCGUGUCCAGGGCCUGCACCGUGCCUACGACGUCCUGUUCCUGGGCACGGACGACGGCUGGCUGCAGAAGGCGGUGGUCACAAGGAAGGCGGCCCACGUCGUCGAGGAGAUCCAGCUGUUCCCUGCCGGGCAGCCUGUUCUCGAGCUGCUGCUGGAUGAUACCCAGGGCCUGAUCUAUGCCGCCUCCUACGCCGUGCUGGCCCAGGUGCCGGUGGCCAACUGCACCCAGCACCGGAGCUGCGCCGAGUGCAUCCUGGCCCGCGACCCACACUGCGCCUGGAGUGCGGGGGCCUGCCGGCCCUCCACCCGUGCCCACCUGCGGCCCUGGCUGCAGGACGUCGACGGAGGCGAUGCGCUGCGGCUUUGCCAGAGCAGCCGCGGGGAACCUGGCCCCUCCGCAGAAGAGGACGCCCCGUGCCAGCGCCUGGCGCUGCCCCCACACGCCAUGAGGCGGCUGCCCUGCCCUCGGCUAUCCAACGUGGCCUCCCAGCACUGGGUGCGCGCUGGCGGCUCGCUCAACAGCUCCCUGCUGGUGCUGCCCGGAGGAGAGCUGCUGCUGGUGGGCCUGCCGGGGCAGACGGGGCGCUACGAGUGCUGGUCCCAGGAGGGCCACUUCCGGCGCCGGACGGCCAGCUUCUGCGUGGAGCUUGAGGCGGUGCAGCUCGCGCCGGCCCGGGAUCCGCUGGAGACCAUCAGCGCGUCCAGGAGCGCCUCGCCCGGGGCGGCUGGGGAGCCAUCGGCCCUGCUGGAGGGCAAGAGCUACUGGACGGAGUUCGUGGUCCUGUGCGUGCUCUUCAGCGGCACCCUGGCCCUGCUGGCCAGCCUGCUGCUGCACCGGCACCGCGGAACCUUCCUCCGGCAGGGCCCGUGCGGCCUGGGGGAAGCGCCCAAGGCCCAGCCGCCCGCGGAGAGCCUGCCCCUCAACGGCACUGGUGCGCCCGGCGCCCUCCCGGACCACAGGGGCUACCAGGCGCUGCAGGAGAGCCGGGGGCUGGGCCCCCCGCUACAGCUCGGCCCCGGCAUGGCCUUCCUGGACUCCGGCCAGUGCCCCCUCAGCAUCUGCGCCAGCUUUGUGGAGGUCCGGGCCCCCUCCCAGCGGCCACGCGUGCGCCUCGGCUCUGAGAUCCGGGACUCCGUGGUAUGAGUCUGCACUGCGCCUCCGGAGGCACCGGGGAGCGCAGAGGCCUCCCCGCCAGGCAUACCCCGGCAGUGGCAAGAAAGGGUGCGGCCUAGCCUGGCAGACCACCCGGCCAUACGAUCCACCCUGCCAGAGCCCAUUCUCCCGGGCUGGGGGGCCCACCAGGCAAAGCAGCCCCUUGGUGGAGCAGAAGGCUGGCGGGGCCCUUCUGGAGGCCCCCGGUGCCCUGGCCUGCCUGGAUAUGGCACCCUCCUGCCGGAGACUCCGACACACCCGGGGACGGUGCGCACGCGGGCGGCCGCAGAAGCACGCAUCCUGCACGCGGAGGGGGCUGCUGGGGAAGGCACAGUUGGCGCGCCUGGGCUCCCUGGUACGGCUCGGGCAGAGCACGAUUCCCAGGCAAGGCCGUGUGUGCCAUGCCUGGAGGUGCCCGGGCCCUCCUUCCACAGCGGAACAGCAGCACCCACCAUCCCUGAGCACAGGAGGCGGCCCCUCUGUGGGGGCGCCAGUCUCUCCCGGUUGGACUCCGCUCGGGCUGUGGCCCCGAGCGGCCCCUGGCCCCGCCAGAUGCGACAGCCCUGCAGAAAGCUGUGGGCGCCUGCUCCGGGCCAGCUCCGCUCAUGCCACCAGCCCACUGCUCCUCCCCUGCCUUGCCGCAGCCCCGGGAGCCACUCCCUUUCGAGGUGGGCCUGCCGAGGGCCGUGGGGCUCCCAGAAGCAGCUGCCUGCAGCCCAGCCAGCUGCCCAUCCUCGCUCGGGCUCCCCUCAGGCAGCGUCCCCCACGGCCUCUGCUCACCGGCCCUUUUGGGCUCCUUGCGUCGCACAAGGAAGGGAAGCUUCGGGGAGGCCCAACAGAACUUUUGAAAAAACACUGGAAAACAGACAGAAUUAAAUCCCAUCCUCAA